GUUAUGCUCGCAGCGAGAGCAACAUUGCACCCCGCUGCAGCGAAUAACGAGCACCGAGACAAGGCGCUACGCUGCGGAGCACUUCUCCAGCCUCACCUUCGCACGGCAGCUCGCGCCGCGCUUGCGCGCCGCCGCCGCCCUACAAAAACAGCACUAUCGCACAACAGCGCCGCGCCGCCGCCGCGCGCCACCGCAACAAACCAUGGCUGAAGUGAACCCCAAGGCCUACCCCCUGGCCGACGCCCAGUUGCAAGUGACGAUUUUAGAUCUCACACAACAAGCCUGCAACUACAAGCAGCUGAAGAAGGGCGCGAACGAGGCCACCAAGUCCCUCAACAGAGGAAUCGCCGAGUUCGUCGUGCUCGCGGCCGACGCCGAGCCGCUCGAGAUCCUGCUGCACCUUCCCUUGCUCUGCGAGGACAAGAACGUGCCCUACGUCUUCGUGCUGUCGAAGCUGGCUUUGGGAAGGGCGUGCGGCGUCUCGCGGCCCGUGAUCGCGUGUGCCGUGACGUCCAACGAAGCCUCGCAGCUCAAGGACCAGAUCGUCCAGCUCAAGGACAAGAUCGAGCAGCUCCUCAUUUAGACGUCGCGAUCCUGAUGCUAGCGCAGUGAUGAUGGAUCCCCUAAGUACACGUUCACAUU